CCAGGAAUAGAUGAAGUUGUAGCCUUAUUCUUGAAAUCAGGGUCAGCACUUUGGAGAAAAUACAUUGCAGCAAGACUUCAGGGCUGUAAGUAAACUUAUCAAGACUUAAAAUAAACACAGUGGAAUCUUGAUUUUGACAAAUGAGAUAAAGCAACAUCCUGUAGACAAAGGGGGGAAAAAAAGGAAAUGUGAGUUCACCAAUCUGAUGACAAGUCAACUGUCAACCAAAUGUAUCAAAGUAGGAUUAAGACAAUUAAGGACUCCUGCUUUAUUUUAAAUUAUUUUCCUCACUCACAGAAGCUGUAAUAUACAUUUGCUCUUACCAGUAGGUCCUCCCCUAACACGUGAUGUAGUAGGAAGCACUUUUCUGCUUUCAGUUACUUGGUGUUUCAGAGGAGACAAGAGAUUUUGUGCAACUUCUGAGGGAAACUGAACUUGUAAAAUCAGUAAACCAGUAACUCCCUGUGCCUCCAAAACUCAAGUUAUAGUUCAGAAGUCCUGGAUUUCUGAAAACUCCCCUCCAUUUAACCUGCCUUGAUCUCUGAAGUGAAUCAUUGCUGUAUUUUGCUUCCCACAUUUCAUAGGUAAAAACUAAAUAAACAUAAGAAGGGCUCUACAUUUUACUAGCACUCAGCUAAAGCUGCAGUUUCAUUUUACAUAGAAUUGAAACUCCUUGAGCUCUUAGCUGGUUGACAGCAAGUUCCUAAUAUUAAAACAAACAAAUAAAAGAUCAACCUGAGAGCAAAAGAAACUGCUAAGUGUCAGUACAGCUAUUAAAAUUUCCACAGUUUGUAGUCAUAGACUGUGGGGGAGCACCUGUCAAAAAUUACAAGGUUGUGUGAUUGGAUGUUGUGUUUUAGAAAACCUUCCUGCAAGCAAAGGGGACACUGUCCUAUUCCAGUGACAUGUACCAGGGAUGUGGCUGGUUACUUGAAGAAAUCAUUCACAAUCCAACUUGUGCACACUCUUCCACAUAGUUUUCACUUCUUUGUGUUCAGUUACCUAUGUCCUUAUCCUUUUUGUCUUGGUUGCCUUCCCCAAGUUCCUUUCACUUAACAGACAUUUCCUCCAAACCUGUACAUAAAGUAUUCCACUUAAGAGAUUUGUCUGCUCAUAUUAGCGCACAAGUGAUUCUUAGAAAGAUCUGAAUCCUUGAAGCUAGUAACUGCAGAAAUAAAUACCAAAUAAGAAUUAUGAAAAUUACUAAACUUCCAUGUCAAUAAACAUUUUUUGUCUCCCUUUAUGCAGCUUACAUUUAAAAGAGGAAAAAAAAAAAGGAACUUUAGCUUCUGCAAACUUUGUUGAUCACAUGAGUAUUACCCUUUCCUGAUGCCUUUGUCUCCUAGCUGAUUAAUCUCAUACUCUCUCAUGAAGGAUUUUGAAGUUGUGUUCCUUUGGUGUUCAGAUGAAGAGAAAGAAGGUACCUUGUGCAAAGAUGUCAAAUGCAUUGCCAUUUAUCUUGCUCUUCAUAUUCCCAAUGCUGCUGUCAGGGGCUUGGUUUCCCAAAACUUUACCCUGUGAUGUUAAAUCUUCAGAAGAUACUGUGACAGUGGACUGCACCGACCGGCGCAUUACAGAAGUCCCCAGAGGGAUCCCUGGAAACGCUACCAACCUUACCCUGAGUAUUAACCAUAUUCCCCACAUCUACCCAACAUCCUUUGAUCGUCUUGAAAACCUCCAGGAGAUUGACUUCAGAUGCAACUGUGUACCUGUCAAACUGGGGCCCAAAAAUCACGUGUGCACCAGCCCACUGAAAAUUGAGAAUGGCAGUUUUGCUGCCCUGACAAGACUGAAGUCAUUGUAUUUGGAUGCAAACCAGCUGGCAGAAAUACCUCGAGGUCUUCCUGCUACUUUAACCUUGCUGAGCCUGGAAGCAAACCAUAUCUUUUCUAUCCAAAAAGCCAGCUUCUCAGAGCUAGGAAACAUAGAGGUAUUGUAUCUUGGACAGAACUGUUACUAUCGCAAUCCAUGCAAUGUUUCCUUUGAAAUUGAGGAAACAGCCUUCCUGGAGCUGAAAAAGUUGACAACGCUAUCCCUGAAGUCCAACAACAUAACACAAGUGCCACCCAAUUUGUCACCUACUUUAAAGGAAUUGUAUAUUUACAACAACAUGAUUCAAGAGAUUCAAGAACGGGAUUUCAGUGGGCUUCACAACCUAGAAAUUCUCGACCUAAGUGGCAAUUGCCCACGUUGCUAUGAUGCUCCAUAUCCUUGCAUUCCCUGUCCUAAGAGCUCGAUUCAGAUACACUCAAAGGCUUUUGACUCCUUGGAAAAUUUAAGGAUUUUGCGGCUUCACAGUAACUCUCUUCAGAGCAUACCCAGCAGCUGGUUUAAAAACAUCAAGAAUCUCAAAGAACUUGACCUCUCCCAAAAUUUCCUCAUGAGGGAGAUUGGAGAUGCUCAGUUCUUGACAUUUCUCCCCAGCCUUGUGCAGCUUGAUCUGUCCUUUAACUUUGAGCUGAAGGUGUAUUCUCCCUUCUUGAAUCUUUCUAAGACAUUUUCCUCCCUCUCUAACCUGGAAACCCUGAGGCUCAAGGGUUAUGUCUUUAAAGAACUGAGGGCACAAGAUCUACGUCCACUGCUCGGUCUUAGGAAUCUAACCAUGUUGGAUCUCGGGACUAAUUUUAUUAAAGUUGCAGACAUGACAGUGUUGGAACAAUUCCCAGCUCUUAAGUUCAUUGACCUCUCAGUGAAUAAAAUUUCUCCUUCUUCGGGGAAAAGCAACUUCUAUGGAUUUUGCUCUAAUCCUGGCAUUUCAGUCGAGCAAUACAACAGGCAAGUACAACAAGAGUUGCAUUAUUUCAGGUAUGAUGAGUAUGAACGAAGUUGCCGUUCCAAAGACAUAGAGGCUUCUUCCUACCAAUCUUUAGUUAAGGAAGAUUGCCUUAACUAUGGAAAAACUCUGGAUUUAAGCAGAAACAAUGUAUUUUUUGUUAACCCCUCAGACUUCCAGGGACUUAGCUCCCUCAAAUGUCUCAACUUGUCAGAUAAUGCAAUAAGUCAAACUUUAAAUGGAAGUGAAUUCUCUUACUUGUCUGAGUUGAAAUAUCUGGAUUUUUCUAACAACAGGGUUGAUUUACUUUACCAAACUGCUUUCAAAGAACUAAAACUCUUAGAAAUUCUAGAUCUGAGCAAUAACAAAUAUUACUUUAUGGCAGAAGGUGUUACUCAUGUGCUUAGUUUUAUGAAAAACCUAGUCCAUUUGAGGAAGCUGAUGAUGAACGAGAAUGACAUUUCUACCACUAUUAAUACAGGAAUGGAAAGUCAAUCUCUUCGAAUUUUAGAGUUCAGAGGAAAUCGUUUAGAUGCUUUAUGGAUGGAUGGCAAUGCUAGAUAUUUAUCCUUCUUCAAGAAUCUGACCAGCCUGGAAGAACUAGAUAUUUCCUUCAACUCACUCAGUUUUUUGCCUCAUAGUGUGUUUGAAGAAAUGCCUUCCAGUCUCAAGAUCCUCAACUUAACUAAUAAUCAACUGAAGAGUUUUAUCUGGGGAAACCUCCCCUCUCUGAAGAACCUAGUAACUCUAGACCUGAGCAAUAACCUUCUGACUAAUGUUCCCCGAGAACUGUCCAAUUGCACUUCAUCUCUCCAAGAACUGAUGCUCCGAAACAAUCGCAUUCACAUGCUAACCAAACAUUUUCUCAGAGGAGCCUUUCAAUUGAGGUACUUGGACCUCAGCUCAAACAAGAUUGAAAUAAUUAAGAAAUCUAGCUUCCCUGAAAAUGUCAUUAACAACCUGAAGAUGCUGCUCUUGCACGGCAAUCCUUUUAAGUGUAACUGUGAGGCUGUGUGGUUUGUCUGGUGGAUCAAUCAGACGCAGGUGACCAUUCCUCUUCUGGCCACAGACGUCACUUGUGCUGGCCCAGGGGCACAUAAGGGAAGGAGCGUGGUUUUCUUGGAUCUGUACACCUGCGAGCUGGACACAUCGUAUUUGAUCCUGUAUGCUCUGUCAGCUUCAGCCAUCCUUGCCUUAAUGGUGUUCACAGUGAUGAGCCAUCUCUACUUCUGGGAUGUGUGGUACAGCUACCAUUACUGCACUGCCAGGCUGAAGGGCUAUCGGCGCUUGUCUUCUCCAGACGCUUGCUUCGAUGCCUUCAUUGCCUACGACAGUGAGGACCCAGCUGUGAACGAGUGGGUGCUGCAAGAGCUGGUUGAAAGGCUGGAAAACCAAAAAGCCAGGCAGUUCAAUUUAUGCCUGGAAGGAAGGGACUGGCUCCCAGGACAGCCCGUCUUUGACAACCUUUCCCAGAGCAUUCAGCUGAGCAAAAAGACCAUAUUUGUGCUGACCAACAGGUAUAUUAAAAGUGGCCGCUUCAAGACAACAUUUUAUAUGGCUCAUCAGCGGCUUCUGGAUGAAAAAAUGGACGUCAUUAUCUUGGUAUUUCUUGAGAAGGUUUUGCAGAAGUCCCGCUAUGUUCGUCUGAGGAAGAGGCUGUGCAGAAGUUCAGUCCUGGAAUGGCCAACUAAUCCUCAAUCUCAGCCCUACUUCUGGCAGUGCCUGAAAAAUGCCACAGCUACGAGCAAUUCUCUGGCUUAUAACAAGCUUCUCCAAGAAACUGUUUAGCUCUACUUUCCUUUUCAAUAUUGUUAUGAUGCACUAGAUUAAAUGAUCCUAGACAAAACAUCCUGUACUUCAUUGGCGGAAACUGUAAGAGCCUGGAAGUUAUGCCUCUUUGAUGUUAUAUCCCAAGAUAAAGGGCACAAUUGCUUUGAAAUCCAGUAAUUCCAAAUUGAAAAGAAAGUGUUGCCAGAACAGAUAUUUAGUGUACAUGCACCUUGCUUUGCACUUUCUGCACAGGAAUGGAAGGUGCUAAAAUGGGAGGGUAUGUAAGAUCAGGUUUUGUAGGUCUUGCAGGCUGCUUUUUGAAUGGAGAGCAGGGCAGAACAGCACAGGGCAGGUAGAGAAAAUUAAGAGACUAGACCAAGAAAGGAAGGGAAAAGAAAAAAAAAGAGAAAGUGGAAAAGGUGCUAAGAAAGGAGGAACAUGGGGCCGUACUAGAGCACAGCAGUAGUUCAGACACAUUUACUGCUAAUUUCCAAAUAGAUUUCUCACUUUGCCUUUUAUCUGCCUCCAUUUCGCUUAGCUGGCUCCUCCCUGAAGACUUUAGGGGUCCUCUCUAAUGCUGUACUAUCAGUUUGAGGACCUUUUCCACCCAAGCCUGGAGUGACCAUCCUUUCUUUAUCUUGGGUGUUAGCUGCUCUAGCCAGGGCUGGAGCCUGAGGAAUACCACCUGUCCCCAGAAGAAAAUUUAGACAGAAUUUGGAAGUGAAAAGCAUAUAAGAUCAGGUCACACAAGGAAAGCAUUCUUCCCACUGUUUCUUUAGCUGUGCUGUGGUUCUUCAGAGAAGCCUUAAGCCCUCUUUCAUCUCCUUGUUCCCCAGGCAGGUCCCUCUCCCACAGCAGCUGAUGGGGCACUACUAAACACUUGAGGUAGGAAUGGGUCUGACUUUAGGGACAUCCUGAAGAAGUGAAGAAAAAUAAACACCUGUGUCUGUUCCACACUCUGUUUCACAGAACAGACUCAUUGAACACAUUUCAAGUAAAACCUUUUGUAAUGGCAGCCUAAACCUCUGAGCAUGACAUAGGCAAGUUCUCUGCUUGAUGUGAUGGUCUGUUUUGGGAGAAGCAGCAUAUUUUCACCUUGCUGGGUGCUUCUUUCUGCAGCAGUCUGGACAGCUUCUCCCCUCUUGAUCAAAACCCUUUUUCUUUUCUGGCAACUAGUCUUGGUGACAUCUCUGGCUGAUAUUGUCAUUGUUAACUGCUUUAAACUUGUUUAUUUCAGAUGCCACUUGCAUUUCCACACCUAAGUGUUCUGGCUGAUUCUUUCUUUUGGCAACAAGACAGAAAAACAAAGAAACACAAGAAAAGAAACUUUAUAUAAUAAUAUAACAGAUAAGAAGGGUUUUUCUUUCUCAUUUUUUUCAUGAUAUUUUUAUUGAUUGAAUACAAAAGUAGGAAAAAUAUGAGGGCAUCAUUAAAACCUGGGAGUUUUGGAGUUAUAUUUUAUUUGGAGUGUAUUUCUGGUGGUUUUGUUUGUAAACCUAAACAAUCUGUAUGUCUAAAUAUAACAUGAACUGUAA